UGACAUGAACAUUUAUCGAAUAGUUGCUCAUUUUGCAAUGGAACACUCAAAAAUGCACUUCUGCAUCGCGUACUAUGCAUCAAUUAUUGCUAUCCCUUCACAUAUGCGCAGCUGUUCGCAUACGCUUAUCAAGCAAUAUCGCAAUCUAAAUUGCGGUCAGUUGUCUUCCGUAUAGUUAUCGUACGUUAUCACACCACAAAUGAUAGCUGUAUCGAAAUUCAAAGUUUGAACAAUGGAACUAUUCCGUCGGACAGUUUCGUUCUUUAUUCCGCAUCGGUUGCACGUUUUCGAGGAGAGACACUUGUUUUUCUGACUACUUAUACGCGGCGUUUUUUUCCGCACGCGCGUUUUUAUUCUCUGCCAUGCAUACAAAGUGAUAUCCACUUCACCUCGUCACUUUACCGCGAUGGAUCUACGGCGUAGCAAAUACGCCAAUUAUCGCUACUCCAAUUACAUGCAAGAGGGUCUCGCGGUUCUGAAAAUUGGAUCCAGUGUCGAGGCCGCGAUAUUCACGGACGACAGAACAAUCGGCAGGAACAAUAACGUCCUUCACUCGGCCAAACGCGAGUUUGCUGCCAAAAAUUCGGUAGCGAGCUCACCGAGCAAGUCUCGCGACGAAAAUUCCGCAACGUGGGAACGUAAAAAACCGUGCGACGAUAAAGCGAUACGAACGACGAAAAAUUUCAUCGGAAAAUCCUGCUAUAACUUAGGGGAGAAGGGGUCCGGCUUCAGACCACGGGGGGAGGUCCAGGACUUCAACACCCUGAGACGAGAAUGCCUGGCGGCGGGAAGGCUCUUCGAGGAUCCCGAAUUCCCGGCCAACGACUCGUCGCUAUACUUCUCCCGCAGACCGGACAGAUACAUAGAAUGGAAGCGACCGAUGGAAAUCGCGGACGAUCCUCAGCUCUUCGUGGAGGGCUUCUCGAGAUUCGACGUCCAGCAGGGAGAGCUGGGUGAUUGCUGGUUGCUGGCCGCCGUGGCGAAUCUGACCAUGCAUCAGAAUCUGUUCUUUCAAGUGAUGCCAGAAGAUCAGAGCUUCGAGGAAAAUUACGCUGGAAUCUUCCACUUCAGGUUUUGGCAGUACGGUAGAUGGGUCGACGUGGUGAUCGACGAUCGAUUGCCUACCUGUCGCGGGGAAUUGGUAUAUCUGCAUUCGGCCGAGAAUAAUGAGUUCUGGAGCGCCCUUCUCGAGAAGGCAUACGCGAAACUUCACGGCUCCUACGAGGCGUUGAAGGGCGGCUCAACCUGCGAGGCCAUGGAAGACUUCACCGGUGGAGUAACGGAAAUGUAUCAGAUGGACCAAACGCCGCCAAACCUGUUCAACAUACUGUUAAAAGCCUUUGAGAGAAACUCAUUACUGGGUUGCUCCAUCGAGCCCGAUCCCAACGUAGUGGAGGCUGAAACGCCUCAAGGAUUGAUACGCGGUCAUGCGUACAGCAUUACCCAAGUGAAGAACGUGGAGAUUCACAUGCCGAAUCGGUACGGUACGAUACCUCUAUUAAGGCUUCGGAAUCCUUGGGGAAACGAGGCGGAAUGGAAUGGGCCUUGGAGCGAUCAAUCACCGGAAUGGAGAUUCAUCCCCGAUCACGAGAAGGAGGAACUCGGCCUGACCUUCGACAUGGACGGCGAAUUUUGGAUGUCGUUCCACGACUUCACCCGCCACUUCACUCAGCUCGAGAUAUGCAACUUGAAUCCCGACUCCUUAACGACGGACGAUAUCAGCGCCGGGAAGAAACGCUGGGAGAUGAGCGUGUUCGAAGGAGAGUGGGUGCGCGGAGUGACAGCGGGUGGUUGCAGAAACUUUUUAGAGACCUUCUGGCACAAUCCGCAGUAUCGUAUCACGUUGGAGUGUCCAGAUGAGGACGAUGACAAGUGUACCGUAAUCAUCGCUCUGAUGCAGAAGAACAGGAGGGCGCAAAGAAGGAUGGGUGCCGACUGCCUCACUAUCGGAUUCGCGAUAUACCAUUUGGAGUAUCCAGAGAGACUGCCGAAACCACUAGACAUUAACUUUUUCAAGUACAACGCGUCUGUUGGACGUUCACCGGCAUUUAUAAAUUUACGGGAGGUCACGUGCCGUUUCAAAUUACCCCCGGGUGUUUAUUGCAUAGUUCCGAGUACUUUUGAUCCGAACGAAGAGGGUGAAUUCUUGCUGAGAAUCUUCUCUGAGAACAAGAACAAUAUGGAAGAAAACGAUGAAGAAGUCGGUAUUGGAGACGUCGAUGAUAGGAUAAUUAAUCCUGCAGGCGGUAAGGAGGAUCAAAACGGAGAUAACGUUCCCGAUGAACCCGAAGAAGACCGCAAUACCGAGAAAGUUCGAGAAUUCUUCAAGAAACUCGCUGGUCCUGAUUUGGAAGUGGACUGGAUGGAACUAAAAGAUAUCUUAGAUUUUGCCAUGAGGAAAGGUAAAUGUUGUGUCUGCGCGCUGCUUACAAGAUAUAUUUUCACGUAAAAAGAAGUAUAAAAGAGGAAUAUGUACAGUUCUGAAUACGAUAUUCCCUACAAAAACACGAUCGUAUUUUAUUCUAAUUAUAAGAGCUUUGCUUCGUAGCUUUUUGUAACUUUUUUGCUUAAUUUGUUCAAUGUGUUUCUUGGAAUCAUUGAUAGAAUUAUACAUUUAAUCACGCUUCUUCAUUCAUCUCGUAUUUCGAAUAUUUUAUCACCUGCA